GCAUGCAUCCGAUUCAGAGGCACAACUGAUGAUCCAGUACAUCCAGGAACAGAUGCCAAAAGAAAUGCGACGCCUGAUCGGUUUAAUGCUUCACCGGAAUCCUGCAAAGAGGCCACAAGCAUCAUCGUUGCUUCAAAAAUAUGCACCAUAUCUGUUCCCGCCUGUAUUCGAUUUUUUCCUCUACAAAUAUAUGAGUGCUUUUCGACCGAAAUAUGUACAAACAAGUGUAUCAUUGGAGGAACCACAAACGUUCAUAACAAUGGAUUCGGAUGACGUAAUUGCAAAAUUAGCAUCUGAUUUGGAUCUAAUUAUGGAGAAACUUUCGGAAAAACCGCUGGUAGAUGGAAAACCGAUCGAUCAAACACCAGUAGCUUUACUUGUUGUUGCAUUAAUUACAUCGAAUAUGCGAGCACUGAAAUCACAGACAACGAAAUUUGAAGCAAUGAAAUUAUUGCAUAAAUUUGUACCGAUAAUGGGUGCUUCUGUUGUUGCUGAUCGUAUACUGCCAUAUAUGGUUUGUUUUUUAGCGCAUUUCGUUUUUUUUUUUCUUUUUUUUUGCAUUUUGCUUUAA